GCGCCACGCCAGUGAAAGGCGGUCAGACGUAGGGAGAGCGCGGGUAAGGCGGAAGGAAACACGAACCUACGAGCAGCAAGGAGCUGUCACUGUCACACCCCCUUUUUUCUUUGAGCACCGCAGACCUCAGCCGAGUCAGACACACUGAGAAGUUGGUUUCAGGAGCACAAACUCGCCCAGAGACAGAAAGAAACUGGCUUUUCACACAUUUCCACCAGUCUACCAUUUCCACCACGAGGACUGAAUGUGAGGCGGCGAGUGCAGACCGAUAAAACGCCGACCGCUUGAGCACAGCGAUGUCCAGGUCGACAAGAUCCAUGUCGAGAUCUCGUAGCCGUUCGAGGUCCCGAUCAAGGUCCCGUUCGUCAUCCCAGUCCAGAAGUCGUUCCCGGUCCAGGAAGCACCGGUACAGCUCUAGGUCUCGGUCAAGAUCUCAUUCUCCAUUUCACAACCGGGAGAAGAAAUAUCCAAGGGCGUACCAGAACAGCAGAGAGUUCAGAGGGUAUCACCGUGGCUUUCGGAGGCCCUACAAUUUUAGGGGUCGAGGAAGGGGCCACUUUAACCGUGGACGCUACCACCGUGGGGGUGGUGGCUACAACAACAAUAACUUUCGUCCGAACUGGAAAAAUUUCAAGCAGUACCCUCAAAAACAGCAGCAUUAUCAACAGCAGCAGCAACAGCAGUUUAAUCAUUCAAGAGGGCGAUCACACAAUGUGCAAAAACGCUCAGGAAGUCCCCCUCAGGGUCACACUCAACAAUCUGACAGAUCGUCCUCUCCCUUGUCCAGACACUCGCAUCAUUCUUCUUCCUCGUCACACUCCUCCUCUCCGAAACGCAGGGCGGCCUCGCUGCUGAAUAAUCAAAACACCAAAGAUGUCAAGGAGAAGCAUCUGGCUUCCAAGGAAGUCCAAAAAGGAGGAGGGGGAGAUGACGAGCCACUGGAGCAUGUUGGGUUAUUGGCAGGAGAUGCUAGAGAAGGUGCAGGCGGUGGGAAAGCUGAGAGGACCUGGCACAGCCUGUCAGACUGCAGUAGUCCAAAGAAAAGCAGUCCCCUUGUCAACACUGAAGCUAAUGUUGGCCAAAGCAACCAAACUGUUAAUCAGCCAAGUCCCAUCAAAAUCACAAGUGACACCAGGAAUGGCUCUCCUAUGAUGGAGGUGGCAUCAGGUUCCUCCUCAGUCAGAAAGGCCUCUAAUGAAGGUCUCAAUCCCAUGCUUCCCAGCUUUGACUUCUUCAGCACUGAGGAAUACCUGGAUGGAGAUAAAACGGCCCUCUCCAUUGCUUUUAAGAAGUUUUUGGAGGAGCACACCAAAAAAGCUAAAUCUGCUUGGGAAAAUGGCAAAAUCAAAGAAGCCAGUGAUGCAGAUAAUGAAAAAGGAAAAUCGAAUGGGAAAGCUUCAGUAGUUACCUCUGACACUUUCCCAAAACAACGCAAGGAGGACACUGACAGGGAAAUGUCACUGAGAAACUUUUUGAAGGCCUCCCCAUUUUUGUCUGCUGAGUUGGAAGACGAGGAUGAUGAGAUGAUAAUCAGGCCACCUUUAAAGUCACUCCAGAAAGAGUGGCAAAAUGGAGAUGAGGCUUCAAAGCCAAAGAGCAAGGCCUCUCAUUCAGCCCAAAAACUCUUCAAAAAGUGGCAAAAUCCAGCUUGUGCACAGUUUGGGCAAACAGAGGUCGAUGCCAUGGUAAGGGAGAUGUAUCUCAGUGGAAAACUGGAUAAAUCAGAAGCCUCUGCUGCACUUGGUAAAAGGGAGUCAGCAGGAGAUUUCAAGGACCUGUCUUCAGAAAUAAGCUUUAACAUAAGGAAGACAGCCAAAUCUCCCUCUUUUCAGUGUCCUGAAACACCACUGAGGCAAAAUUCUGACAGAGAGUUGUUUAUGGUCAGAGGAGAAGACAAGCCUCUUAUGUUAAGAAAACAGGAACCAAAGUGCAAUGUAAGAAUGGAUUUUCUAAGAGAUGACACUAUAAGCUCUUCAGAUAUUUUAGCUGAAGAGAGGCAGUUGUCUCAGGACUUGGUGCAGUCAUCGAAAAAGCAUCAGGAGUUUCGCUCCAUCUUUCAACACGUUCAGGCUACUCAGUCACAGAGAAGCCCAUCUGAGCUGUUUGCUCAGCACAUUGUCACCAUUGUUCACCACAUCAAGGCCCAGCACUUUCCGUCUUCUGGCAUGACUCUAAACGAGCGAUUCACCUUGUACCAAAGGCAAGCAGCAGAGAAGGAAAUGAUGAAGCCAAGAAAAAGCCCAGAGAUACACAGGCGGAUUGAUGUUUCACCAAGUGCUUUUAAGAAACACCCUCAGCUUUUCGAGGCGAUGAAAAGCUCAGAGGAUGGGACUUACAAGGACGGUGGGGAAAAACUGAAGGGUGACCCGAUGGAUCUUCGUUUGGACAUAGAGCGUCGUAAAAAAUAUUCCAUGCAUGACAGAGUUACAGGAAAUUCCCAAGAUUUUGGUCAAGAGAAAUCAGAGGAAAAUUGCUCAAAAUACCACAAGAUGUCAAAAAAAAGUGUCAGGAAACGGUCUCGCUCCAGCUCAUCCUCCUCUUCCUCAUCCUCCAAUUGUCAGAAUGAUGAAGAAUUAAUGCAUGGGAAUUUAGAGUCUAAAGAUGAAAUCUUUAGCAAGGCAUGGCUUGGACAGAGGGAACCACCGGGAACAAUGGAAGGAGCACGAGCGCAAGAAGAAUUUAAAAUCCAAAUCCAAAGAAGAAACUGGAACAAAGGCAGCCAUCAGGGAAACAGCUCGCACAGCGACCAAGUGAACAUGGCAGUAAACACAAAAAAUGAAGACUGGAACUCAAAGUUCAGUGACAAAAGCAAAACAUACUUUAUGCAUGACGAGAGAGGCAAUGAAGCUACGUCGGUAGAAAACCAAGAGCAAGGUCGGGGAGCCAUUCCUCCUGGAAGGACACGAUUCAUCAUCCGCAAACCAACUGGCAAUGCUUGUACAAUUAGUGCAAGAUGGGCUGUUAAUAAUGAGACAGAUCAGGACCACAAAAUGGAAGAAGUCAAUGGACAGACUUGAGCGAUAGAGAAAUGAGUAGAAGACGAAUAAUCAAUCAUGUGGAAUCCAUAUAUGCAUCAGCUAGAAUGGAUUAAUUGAUGCUGAUUAAAAUAUUUUAAGACAGCAGGAUACUCUCCUUUCACUAUACAUUUAAUAUCUCCUAUUUUAGGUUGCACUAUGUGACUAUUAGCAGAACUGUUUAAGAAGGUUUCUUAUAACCAUUACAUUUAAAUUUC